AUGGCUAAUAACGAUAAAAAGGGCUCCGUCGCAGAAGACAACAGCAGGCCAACUCUUGCUCAAGCCCCUGUGCUUGUGGUAGGCGCUGGUCCCAUCGGCCUGGUGACUGCAUACCACCUGGCGAGGCGUGGAAUCCGCACCGUCCUUGUCGAAAGGAAUUAUGAAACCACCAGAUGGCCCAAAAUGGACAUUACGAAUGCGCGCUCGAUGGAGCUUUUGGCUCGUCUCGGCUUAGCUGAAAAGCUCAGGGAACAAGGCGUGCCUCAGCAAUUCUCUCUGAAGUGUCUGUUCAGUACAGGAAUCUCCGAUGGGGGGGAAGUUAUUGCCAAAUGGGAUCUCCCCUCGCCGAAAAAUAUGUGGCAACAAAUCCAUGAGAAGAAUGACGGAACGAUGCCCAGUCAGGCUUAUUUGCGUUGCUCGCAGAGCAUAUUCGAGGCCUGGCUCAAACCUAUUGUGGAAGCAGAGCCUUUGGUGGAGUGCUUUUCAGGUAUCAAAUUCAAUUCCUUGAAAGAAUUUGAUGAUCGGGUAGAAUCUACCGUCACAAACAUAGAUUCCGGGGUUGAAUACAUCAUUUCCAGCCAGUAUGUAAUCGGAUGCGAUGGGGCAGGAAGUCGGGUGAGAAAGUCCGCUGGGAUUGAGCUCACUGGUACUCCAAUCUCGGUGCCGACGCUGCUAGUACACUUCAAGUCCAAGGCCCUGGACGUCCUCCAUCGACAGGGACAGUUCUGGCACUUAUUUCUGUCUCAGGGUGCGGUUGUCAUUAAUCAGGACGAAAAGGAUACAUGGACGGUGCACAUCCCCUUGGCAUCGGAAGCAGACGCAAACGAUCUCAACCCUGAAGAGAUGGUAUAUGCCGCGCUUGGAGAUGCUGGACCCCCACAAAAGUUCAAAAUCGACCAGAUCCUUGUCACUAGCACGUGGAGGGCCAAUCUAUCGGUUGCGAACMAAUAUCGGUCAAGGGGCAAAAGGGUGUUUCUUGCAGGAGAUUCAGCCCAUCAGAAUAUUCCGUUCGGGGGAUAUGGUAUGAACACGGGAGUGGGAGAUGCAUAUGAUAUCGGCUGGAAGCUAGCAAUGUUUCUCAACUCUCAAGGGGGUGAAGCCUUGCUAGACUCGUACGAGAUUGAGCGCCGCCCUGUUGCCAUUCGAAAUGUCGCCAUGUCCCGCAGCAAUGCGGAGGUCCAUUUGGACUACGUUACUUGGGUCCGCCAGGGUACUCCGGGUCUCGUUCGAACUAAUGCGCUAGACGGAAGGGAACUUCGUGAGCGUAUUAGGGCACAUGUUCUAGCGAACGACGGGGAAAACAAGUCUCUUGGUAUCGAGAUGGGAUAUCGAAACGUUAUGUCUCCUGUUAUCGUCUAUGACAGCAGACCAGAGAAGGAGCCAGAAUGGACUCAGCGACAUUACCAUCCUUCAACGUGGCCGGGCGCCCGGGCGCCCCACGUCUUCCUCAACGACGGUGUAACCGCAGUCUACGAUCUGUUGGGCCCUGACUAUACUCUGGUAGAUUUCACGGCUGAUGGUCUGUACGCAAAGAAGUUUGCUACCAUCGCGACUGAGCUCAAGGUACCGCUACGUACGGUUCAUCUUCCGGGCGAAGCUCAUGUCCGACAGAUCUGGGAGCGGGACGCAGUUCUGCUAAGGCCAGAUUUGCACGUUUCCUGGCGCGGGGACUGGGAGGAACCUCCAGAAAGAACUGCAAUUGAAGAUAUCCUUCGGAUCAGCGCUGGGAAACAGAUCAGUUGA